CCCGACUCCAUCAAGAACCUCACACCACCAUUUCCAACACGCCCCAGCUCUCUCAAUCGCAUCUGCGAAGCUCCUACCAGUCUACAGAGCUUUAAAUUCAACGUCCGCAAUCAUGAAGCCCGUCGUAGGUGUGAUGCAGGCAUGGUCUUGGUACGUUACCCAUCCUCAACCCGAUAGCUUCAAACCACCAUCCGGAUACCAGCUAAUGGCAAUGAUUAUAUAGCAUCGUCAUCUCCGUGUUUGCGAUCAUUAUUCUGUCUAUCAUCGGUUCGCUCUUCAAAUCAGGACAUCACUCGAUGAUGGGAUCAACGUCGGAUCCAAAGGAUGGAGCAGCAGUUGCUGGGACGGUUUUUUCGGCCGUGAUUGUAUAUGCUGUACGUACAGGGUUUCCUUCAGAAUCAGACUCGAUAAGGAAGAGCUGGAUAGAUUCCUGGAUGGGGUCAAAGGAGGGGGGAUUGUGGUUCUACACAUAAGGUGACAGAAUAUAGGGAAAUACAUCUGCUAACCUUACCGCAGCUUUUCCUUUUUGGAUGCGGUUUCCAAGCCUACCUACAUAUCCACGAGAACCGAAGAGGCGCAAUUUCCCUAUCAUAAUCACACGAUCGAAGAAACCAAUAUCCACAAACAUCCGGCAGAAAGUCUGGGAUGUCCAAUUUAAGAAGUGUGUACCCGGAGAGGUAGAAUCGGAGCCAGGGCUGUACUCAUAAGCAGCGAAUAGGAUGUUGGGGAGGGUUUGGACGGCGUACCGGUGUUGCGAGUAAAUCUCUAUUUGAAGAGAUGCGGUGGUCUUUUUGGGUCAUCGAUUUAUGGUAUGCCUUUUUGUACAGUAUGCGGGCGGGCUUUCGAGCGGGUUCAUAAUAAAGAGGAUACUCGCACAUUAGAGACUCCCUGCUGCUAGUACGAAAAAAUAUGAUUGUGGAACUACCUGUAUGAAAGGAGUUAUGGGAAUUCCUGACUAACC